CUGCCCGCACCGGCCGCGUGGCGGUGGCGAUCCCUUUCCCUUUCCCCCGGUACACGUCUCCGCUCUCGUCCACCCAUCCGCCCCGCUAACAGCCAUGUUAACCACCGCGAUUAUCCCUCGCCCAAUCCCGUCUUAGCCCGACCCUGCCUUGCCUGCGCGAGUGAGCCCGCCCGCCCGCCCCUGUCAUCCAUCUCAUCUGUGGCCACGGAUUGGCCGGCGGCCUCUCGGGAUUCUCGGAACGAGGUAGGAGAGAGAGGAGGAAGACGCCCUAUUGGCCGGGAGCCGCCCUGCCUCACUCCCUCCGCGCCCAGUGUAGGAAGCUAUGAGUGGCAUGGGAUCACGGCCGGGCGAGAGCAACCUGGUGGAGCCGAGAGGGCUGCCGUCCGCCGGCAUGGCGAUGCAGCCCUGGUGGACGGGCACCGGGUUCGGGGCCGUCUCUCCGGCCGUCGUGGCGCCGGGAAGCGGGGCGGGGAUCAGCCUGUCGAGCAACCCGUUCGGCGGCGGCGCGCCGCAGGGGAAGAAGAAGAUGGUGGACGACGACCCGCGGGCCGAGAGCAGCGACGACGACUCCCCGAGAUCAGGGGAACCUAAAGAUGGAAGCUUUGACGAAGAGAAGCAGCACGCCACAUCCAGGAUGCCUGCAUUGGCGUCAGACUAUUUACAACCAUACUCACAGCUGGAACUAAACCAACCGAUGGCUUCGGCAGCGUACCCGUACCCUGAUGCGUACUACACAGGCAUGGUUGGUCCCUAUGGAGCUCAGGCAGUGGCUCACUUCCAGCUACCCGGGCUGACCCACCCUCGCAUGCCGCUGCCUCUGGAGGUGUCGGAGGAGCCCGUGUACGUGAACGCCAAGCAGUACCACGGCAUUCUGAGACGGCGGCAGUCGCGCGCCAAGGCCGAGCUCGAGAGGAAGGCGAUCAAGGCCAGGAAGCCUUACCUCCACGAGUCCCGGCACCAGCACGCGAUGCGGCGGGCGAGGGGCACCGGCGGCCGCUUCCUCAACACCAAGAAGGACGAGAGCGGCGGAGCCUCCAAUGGCGGCAGAACCGAGGCGAGCAAGGGCGAGCAGAGCUCCGAGUACCUCCGGGUGCCGCCGGACCUGCACCUCCGUCAGGCAUGAAGUGGCACCUUGAUGCAACCUAGAACAGCGGCUUCCUCCGACCGCCGGCCGGCGCACGGCGCCCCGUCCCGAGGGUGGGUCUCCGUCCGUGAUGGUGUCCCGUGCCCGUGGGUCGGGGAUUCAGGGUCUGCUGCUGUCUCCAGGCAAUUCAUUCUUGGCUUUCGCAUUCUGUCACCUCUGCUCCGUUGUUGUGUGAAGUGAACUAGGCUGUGCUGCGUCCUCUGCGGGGCGCGUGUAAGAUUUGAUUGACUCCGGAUCGAUAGCGUUUGUUUGUA